AUGAGUCACGACACGGACCCCGACACCACCGUGUCCAUCAGAUUCAAUAACCUGUACUACAUCGCCUCUCCCAAUGUGCCUGCAGCAGAGCUGGCCCAAUACACCGGCUACUUCCACAGCUCCGAUCCUCUACUAACCAGAUCUGGGACGCAGGCGCACACACUCUGCAGCUCUGCACCACAGAUGGUUGUUGGCCUCGGAGCUGCACUUCACUUCGUCGACAACUCAACAGCCCCCAUGAACGGCACCCGCAUCCUAGACUGGGCCCGAAUUGGUCAAGGGGGACUGAACAUUACCCUCAAUGCCCUCCUUUACGGCGCAUUGACAAAAAUGGCAACUCUCGCUCCAGACCUCGGGAUUGAACAGGCAGACGCUGCCACUUGGUCUUCCACAGCGCAAAAGCUGAAAACAUCAACCCAAGCACUCCUCUUCGACCAGUCCGCCAACCUCUUCAGAGAUAAUACGACCUCCUCCGGCUCAACCAUCCACCCUCAAGACGGCAACGUCCUGGCCAUAACCCAAAAUCUCACCGCCACCUCCUACCAAUCUCACCUCAUCUCCACCACCCUCGCCUUCCGCCUCACUCCAUUCGGCGCCCCAGCCCCAGAGCUCCCCUCCUCGAUCUCUCCUUUCAUUGGAUGUCAAGAAAUAUUCUCCCACUUCGCCACAGCAGAAGGUAACGCCUCCGCGGCCCUGAACCUCAUCAAGACGCAGUGGAGAUACAUGCUCCGCGCUUUCAGCAACUGCAGUACAAUCGAAGGCUAUGAUGCCGAUGGGUCGUUGAUGUAUGGGUGUUACCCUGGUGCGGAGAGCUUUGUGAGUCAUGCGCAUGCGUGGAGUACAGGGCCAGUGUAUUCGCUUCUGACAGAGGUGGUGGGGUUGAAGGCGAGUAAGAUUGAUGUGAUGGCCAGGGAAGGAAAUUUGGAGUUUUAG